UUCCAGAAAAGAACUUGGAGUUGAGGAGGGACUACAUAGGAAACGACAUGUAUCAGCUGAUGUGUUACGCAGAAAGAGUAUUUCCCAGACCAACAAUGAGCUUACAUAUAGGUGGAAGCUCACAUAAUGAGAGGAUAGCGUUACCACGGCUAGCUGCAUGGCGGCGGCUGCAAAGAAAAGUUAGUCCGCACCCUGGGAUUUACGGUAAUGACACCAUGGAAGCGAAUUUGUAA